ACGUUGUUUACACGGAGCGGGGAGCGAGGCCGCGUGGGUGACACGUGGAGCGGUUGCCACCGGUUUAAAAAAACACUAAAAGUUUAAACCCUAACGCGGUUAUCUCAGCCGCGAUAAACUAUAACGAAAUAAACACACCGGCAUUAUAAGAAGACGCCUUCAACGAUGGUCCUCAUCACCGAGGCGCUGGUGCGAAGCCGUGCGGAGCACAACAAUGGGGAGCUCUUCUCCCUGGAGGAGCUGUCCCUGCACCAGCAGCAGAUCGAGCGGCUGCAGCAUCUGGACGUGUGGUGCCGCCACCUCAAGACGCUCUACCUGCACAACAACGUCAUCCCGCGCAUCGAAAACCUGAGCCGGCUCAAGGAGCUGGAGUAUCUCAACCUGGCUCUCAACAAUGUGGAGCGAAUUGAGAACCUGCAGGGGUGCGAGUCUCUGCAGAAGCUGGACCUGACGGUGAACUUUGUGGGUGAGCUGAGCAGCGUGGAGACGUUGCGCCACAACCCUCUCCUGGAAGAGCUCUUCCUGGUGGGAAAUCCCUGCGCUGACUUCGAAGGCUACCGCCCCUACGUGGUGGCAACGCUGCCACAGCUCAAGCAUCUGGACGGGCAGGAGAUUGAGCGCUCGGAGCGGAUCCGGGCGCACCAGGAGCUGGAGUGGACGCGGCGGCGCGUUCUCGAGCAAGAGGCCGAGUACCUGCCUCGGCGCGCCCAGCAGAAACUCUCCUACGCCGGACAGGAAAACGACGAUGAGACCCGGAGGCAUGAUUCGAACGGUAGUGUGGAAUCGAACCAGAGAUUCUGGGAAGAAGAGACGGAGUUCACACCGGAAUCACGAAUGGAAACACACCGGCACUUGGAGGAAAGCCGCAAAGCCAGGGAGGGGAACAGGGGAGACACGAAACAGCCCAAGAGGGAACGCACUCUCAUCACGGCCGACGGGCGCGUUUUGAACGUCAACGAGGCCAAGUUGGAUUUCUCACUCACGGAGAAUGACGCCGACAGCACGCUGGUGUUAGACCUCGCCGUUUACAAAUAUCUGGACACCUCUCUCAUUGAUGUGGAUGUGCAGCCCAAUUAUGCACGCGUAACGGUGAAGGGAAAGGUGUUCCAGUUGGUUUUGCCGGAAGAAGUCCAACCGGAUAGGAGCCUUGCGCAGAGGUCACAGACCACGGGGCACAUGCUGCUCACCAUGCCCAAGGUGAAGGAGGUGGUGAAACCUGAGGUGGUGAAACCAAAGCCUUGUGUGAAGAAUCAUCCCAAGGAGGAGUGCACGUCACUCACAACCAGCAAUCGCGGCGACUCGAGCCAGGGCUCUGCGCACCAACACCUCGAGGUCGACCCCAGCGCUCGCCGCGGCAUCGAUGUCGCCACCAUCGUCCGGGACGCGGGUCGCGGCGCCAGCGGGACGGGCAGCCCCUCCCAGCCGCCCCCUCGUCCUGUCGCGUUGCCCGCCGAGGGUCCAGCCUUCGUCGACGACCCCGACGUCCCUCCGCUCAUCUGAGCAGUGCAGUAGCAUGAGUGACGCGGGUUCUGGUGCAACGAAUUAAAUUGCCCCCCAGCCCUCCGUCCCAUUUCCUCACUCAUUGGAGCUCGGCGCCUCGGGCCGCUCCACCACAUAUGGGCUGCUGUGCACACUCGACAGCUACACUAAUGCAUACGACUGCCUGUCGCGACAAUGCUUUGGUCACGGAGGUGGCUGAGUGUGUCAGGCCCUUGAUGCCUACAUUGAAACAUGAGACUGUGUCUCCUAAGAGGACCUGGGUUCAAGCCCUGGGACCGAUUGUCUUUCAGGCUAUCAUACCCAUGUUAGAGCACUGGGCCAGCACAAUGCAGGACUUCGGUUCAAGCCCUGGGGACUGGGUGUCUUCGACAGACGGCUGAUGUCUGCGUUGCAACACUGAGGUAGGGUCUCUAGUCGGCCCGGGCUCUGAGACCAGCCACUGGAGUUUGAUGCUCGGGAAAAACUGAGGAAUCCGUGAAAAACUUUCGACUCGUGUACAUCGUGUUUCAGCCCCGAGGGCUAAGUUCUCAUACUCCAUUCAGUGUUCGUCAAUCGAGGGAACAUCCAUGGUACGUGAUUAUAUUUUUACGGAAUAGAGACAUGGAGAUGUUAUUAAUAUUUUACACCUUGUGGCACAACAAUAAGUUUCAAGUUUGGGAUUUUUGGCAUUGACACACAGUGGUUUGAACAGUCUUUAACGUCAACUUGACAGCUGAUGAUAAGCUUUGGUUGAUAAUAAUGAUAACAGCAUCUCUCUGAAAAGAAUCCAAUGCACAGAACUAAAAGAUCGGAUAGAAUCACAGUGACUUGGGGCUUAGUGAGGGUUAACGUGGCAUUGGCUCAGGAUCAGCAGACAUCUGCGAGAGGAUAAUCCAUCACAGCCCUCCCCCACAGCGAUGGGCCACAGCCUGCUAAUGGUGUGUGUGUGCAUGACAUGCAUGUACGGAUGCGUGCAUGUGUGUGUGUAUAUGCAAGUAUGGGGAACAUUAGUGAAGCGGUUAUCACGCUGCGCUACGAUCCUGGUGACGUGAGUUCGACUCCCAGUUAUGGCCAACGAUAAUAUCACCAUCUUGGCUCUAUAAUAUCUGAUGUGUUUAAUAAUACAGUCAAUGGUCAUGAGAUGCAUUAAAUAUGCAUGGAUUUGCACUGAAUGAGAUGUGUGUUUGUAUAUAUGUAUGUAUGUGUGAUAUGGGUUUGAUUCCCAGCUAUGGCUCACAUCAGUUGCGAAUAUUUGAACCAGGGAUGAGUCUCCCUCUAGCUCGACUCAACCUUAAACGAGUAACUGGUGCAGUGUCUAAAAAUCAGCACAGAGGAGUCAAAGGUGGCCUGCCUGGUCUUGGCCCCACGUAGCCCUUGAAUACCUUUGCGGCCUUAAUAGAUGCACGCUAAUAGCACUUGCCCCAGUGGUGUAUUAAAGGCUGCACAGAGCAAGUUUUGUCUUUGCAUGCCAAUGCAGCUUGCAAGUAUUAGGGGGCCAUGCAUAGCUGGAAUUUUAACUUCAAUAUUUUUUGGGUGUAUUAUAAAUAUAUAUUCUUAUCUUAAUUGUAAACUACUGAAAAUAAAUCAUAAAGGUGUCCAGAUUUGGGGGGGGGGGGGCAUCGGCCCUCCAUGCCUCCCCCCGCAAACUCCACCCAUGGGGCCAUGAUACUCUUCAUCAUCACGAGCGGCUUGGGCCUCCUUUAAGUUGACUCAGCCUAAAUUAAGUACUUGGUGUCAUGCGUGUCAACAUUAGCACUGGGGAGAUAAUGGCGACAAGAAUCGGUCUUCACCAACCCACUGUCUCACGCGGUGAUGAGAAUAAAGUAUGCACCGUUAUUGGAACAUGUCAAAAAAUGUCUAUUAUACAACAGGCAUGGACCAAUGCAUCAAUUAAACAUGAAAAUAUAUUCUUAUGCUGAUGAUACGUGCAUAGAAUCGUGAAAGAGUUAUGUAUUCAAAUUAUAUGCACAUUGUAUGCUAAUGUCACAUUUAGGCUAACGGAGCAAACAAACUGUGGAAAUGAGAAAGAUGAAAAAACAUUGGAAAUAAGGAGAUGGCAAAACACCAGACGCAAAGAAACGUGAUUCUUUGAUUGAAUAGUG